AUGGGUUGGAACCAAACAUUUCUGUUCCUCGCCCUCGCGGCGACUGCUGCAUCUUCCUUGGUAGGGAGCGGGACUUCGUUACAACUGAAUGGCAUCGAUUAUUUCGUCUCGCCUUUCUCACAGGGCAAGGUUAUCAAUGGCACGGUUGCGAUCAAUGCUCGCCAAAAUCAACUUGGAUUUGUCCUGGCAACCGUGAUAGCCGGGGAUUUAUACACCGAGUCAACUCUACAAAGCUUGUUUCUUAAUUGGUCAACCGUGGACGAUGUUUGGCAACCUGCAUUUCUCGAAACCAUCUUUGUCUUCAACUUUGCCAAGUUGACGAACAAGAACCACAACUACCAUGAUGGAGUCUCAUCUUCGGUAUUCCCGCUUCAAGUCACUCACAACAUACCCUCUGGUCCAUAUUUCCUCAAUGUCCAUACGGGACAGGUACACCCAGCCUACCGGCUUUAUGAUGACUUUGCCGGCGCCUUUACCCAGUCGCUGCUACAACGACCCGACGGCCGCUUCCAAACACUGUCAGCACAAGUCCCAGCAGCCGCCUCGAUAACAAUCGGUGUCCCCUCCCGCCUGUACUUUACGAAAACCGAAGCCAAGCCCCUAGCUGGCGUCCGCAUCGGAGUGAAGGACAUCUUCUCUCUGGCCGGCGUCAAAAAGGGCUGCGGCAACCGCGCGUGGUACCAUUUAUACCCCGUGGCAAAUAGUACAGGCACUGCGAUGCAAAACCUCAUUGACAAGGGGGCCAUUAUUGUCGGCGUCCAAAAGACAUCGCAGUUUGCCAACGGAGAGACACCGACCGCGGACUGGGUAGACUACCAUUCUCCAUUCAACCCUCGCGGAGACGGAUAUCAGGAUCCCGCUACAUCGUCCGCCGGUGCCGGCUCGUCAAUAGCAUCAUACGAGUGGCUAGAUCUGGCUGUUGGCAGCGACACCGGCGGCUCAAUCCGGGGACCAGCCACCGUCCAGGGAAUUUUCGGAAAUCGUCCUUCCCACGGCCUCGUCAGCCUCGACAAUGUCAUGCCGCUGUCGCCCAAAUUGGACACGCCUGGAUUCCUGGCUCGCGAUCCCUCUCUUUGGAAUGCCGCCAAUGCCGCGCUGUACGGGGACAAGUACACAUUUUUCGGACACCAGGCGCCGAGAUAUCCCAAAAAGCUGUACUUGCUGGACUUUCCUGCGGGAAAUACCUCUCACGCCCCAAUACUGCAAAACUUUGUCACCAAGUUGGCCAAAUUCCUCGAUACUUCUCCCACUAAUAUAGAUUUGAACAAAGAAUGGGAGAGGACGAGGCCAACAUCAGCCGGCGACCAGAGCCUUGCGCAACUUCUGAAUACCACCUACGCCGCAAUUAUUUCCAAAGAUCAGGCAAAGCUUGUCCGAGAACCAUUUUACCGUGACUACGCUGCCGUUCAUGACGGCCGCCUCCCCUUUGUCAACCCAGUCCCCUUGGCCCGCUGGACCUGGGGAGACUCCCAGCCAAGUUCCCUCUUGUCCGAUGCCGUCCGCAACAAGACGCUUUUCAAGGACUGGUUCAAUGGCAAUAUCCUCCCGCCAAGCUCUGACCCCCUGACCUGCUCCUCGGGCCUUCUUCUCCACGUCAACGGCUCAGCGGACUUCAUCAGUCGCAAUCGAUAUAUCAACCCGCCAGUGCCGCCGUUUGGCUUUUCCAACAGCCAGAUAUCGGUAUUUGCCGAGACGCCGGAUAGUGUCUUCCCGCUGGGCCAGGUUCCCGUGUUUAGUUCCAUUACGAACCACACCGAGUAUCUGCCUGUUACGAUUGACGUUGUUGCUGCGAAAGGGUGCGAUGGGCUCAUUGCCAGGCUGGCGGAAGACUUGGUUGCUGCUGGGAUACUCACGGUGCCGAGGGUUGGGGCGGGGAUUGAAGGGGGGGAAAUUCUCAUGAGGCGAUAUUUUGUGUGA